AUGUUCUCACUCUCGACCCUCCUGCGCAUCUGCACCCUCGCAGCGGUAGCCACCGCGACGCUGGAUCCGUGCACGUCCAACACCAAGGGCAAAUACCCGGCCAACCCCAGCUGCAGCCCCUCCAAGACAUCUAAAGCCAUCCAAGCCGCGGAGUGCGCCUACAAUACGCGCGUCUCGGGCACGCAGACCUUCGCCGUCUUCGAGACGGACCACCAGUACGAUAGCUCGCACGGUGCGCCCUACGGCACGUGCCAGGCAUACACGUGCACCGCCCCUACGGACUCGGAGUUGACGGCGGGUGAAGACUACUGGACGUUCUACUGGUCGGAUGAUGGUGAGGAUUCCGGGGUGGGAACGACUUGUAUUAAGAGCCCCGAUGAUGGAACGUGUGGGUGUGAGAACUCAGAUGGGACGUUUGUUUAUGGGGGAUCGGAUUGUUCUUAA